AUGCAGAGUCUUCUGUCCGUUGGGGAGAUCUCAAAGGAAAGAUCGCGCUUGGCCCUUCAGUGGGAGCCAGUAACGCAGCUGCCUGCUCUUAAUGCAUCUGAGUUCCACCCCAGGGCUGGCAUCUUCUGCCAGCUACUCCCUGUCUUUAAAGUCGUUUCUCGAGUAGACCUCGACCAGUUCCGUGGUCACGCCGUGAGACCAGGCAGUAGCAGAGAAGAGGAGAAUAGCACAUUGCUUAAAAUGGACAUAAAUGGAAAGUCCAGAACUACCAUAUCUACCCUCCCUGUACCUCUUGCAGAUGUCAGUUCUGCAGGCAAAACAGAAGCAGAGAAACCACGAUGCUCCAGCACCCCCUGCUCACCAAUGCGACAGACAGUUUCAGGCUAUCAGAUCCUUUGUAUGGAUUCUAAUUACCUGGUUGGAUUCACAACUGGAGAGGAGCUGCUAAAAUUAGCUCAAAAGUAUACAGGAAAUGAAGAAAAUAAUGGGAAAUCUGGGCUUAACUUGCACUCUGAACAGCUUGAUUUAGGACUUGCAUGUUCUUCCCGCUUGUACAAAACUAGAAGUAGGUGCUAUCAGCCAUAUGAGAUCCCAGCAGUAAAUGGAAGGAGGAGGAGAUGGAUGCCCAUCUCAGGGGAUCAAUGCACUAAGGCUUUACCAUAUGAAAUUCACAAGGCACUUCAUGGUCCCCUGCCUCUUUGCCUUUUAAAGGGCAAAAAGGCUCAUUCUAAAUCCCUGGACUACCUCAAUUUAGACAAAAUGAGCAUUCAGGAACCUGCUGACACAGACAUGCUACAAUACCAGCUCCAGCACCUUACCCUUAGAGGGGACCGUAUGUUUUCAAGAAAUAAUACAUGAACCAUGAAGUAUAAUCUAGAAUUUAGAACCAGUUUCUGGGUAUUUCUCUGCUGCAAAAAUCUGCUGUCAUACUGUAUAUGACUGUCCCCAUUGUAGGUGGUAUAAGCAAAAUGUUAUUAGAAAGUAAUUUAUUUGAAUAGAAUUUUGACAAUGUAUUGUGUUAUGAAUGCAGGGGAAAAAAUUUCCACAGCAAGCAGCUUCUAAUGCAAAUUUGACUGUAGCUGGUAGAUAUUUCUUUGAACAUCUUUUAACAAAGAAAAGGCUUUUGGUUUUUGGAUUUGGGUUGGGAUGUUUGGGGUUUUUUGUAGUUAUCUAGCAUUUAAAGUAAUUUAAUACUGAGAAAGUGAUGGUCUGCUUGGUUGUUGCUAAUUUUAGGUUGAUGUUAGAAAUUGCUCUUGGAUAAGUACUCAAGUUAUCUUUUUGUUUCUUAAUGUAUUCUACAAUACAAUGUAUGUAUGAUUUUUUUUUUACAUCAUGGGAAAGAAUGUGAGCUUGGCUAAAUUGGAUCAUCUGUUAUUUUAAACUAUCCUAUUCAAACUUUUUGUAACUGGGUUUGCACUGGUGGUGACAAGGAAAUUCACUCAUAAAAUAAACAUUUGUUCAUUUGCUACUUCAAACCUAUUAUAUAUUUUUGUUUGUUUCUGUACAGAAGUAAUUGUUUUGCCUCCUUUUUUUAAUAAAACUAGUUUGGAAUAAGUAUUUGGAAUAUUAGUAGAUUGAAUACCCUGGCUUAAUUUGUCACUGAAGAAUUUUUUUGUCCAAAUAUGACAUCAAAUGCAGUUUUGACAACUGUAUUCUUAAAUAUAUAUAAAACAUGUUAGUAACUUAUGUAUAAAAUUUAAAUGUUUUUAGACAUUUUUAGGUGCAGUCUAUUACUGAAGCAGUUUGCAACUUCAUUUUAGUUUACAUAUUUAGAAAUUAAAAUUAAGAUCAUGUUUGGAAAUAUUUGAUCAGUUGUUUCUAGUACAGUUUAGGGUUUUUUUGAUUCCUCAGGAUGAGUAGCAAGCGCAACUCAGUACAUGUGUUGUGGAAGAGUUGUUUUCGUUCUGCCACUUACUGCAGAAUUUUAACUGAAGGCAGUGAAGAGGAGCCCAGUAGACAGUUUUGCUGGUUUGGUUAAUGUUUUCUGCCUUAUUAGAAUAUGUACAACUGAUGUGUAUUUCAAAGAGUUAACUGCACCUCUGUAAAUUUAAUUUAUUGAACAAUGAUCUCUUUAAUGAACUUUUCCUGUAUAGUCUUUAGUUUAAAAAUGGAAUAUGGUCAUAUGCCAAAGAGAGGUUUUGUCUAAGGAAUAAACACUGCUAUUUAUUGAAAUGCUCUAUGAAAAUGUAUUUCUGGCUGAAAAAUAAAAAGGGUGAU